CUGGCUUCUGGGCUACAGGGGCUCAGCGGGUCGUGACUAGGCUGUGGUGGCGGAUGCCGGAGGAGCGCCGGCCCAGCCGCUUGGCGGCUCCCGGGUCAAGAUGAGCGCUUCAGCGUCGGCCGGGGGACCGGUCUUCCCGCCGCCCCCGGGCCCGGCCGCCGCGCUGCCUCCCGGUUCUGCCGCGCGGGCCCUGCAUGUGGAGCUGCCGUCUCAGCAGCGACGUCUUAGACAUCUUCGGAACAUUGCUGCCCGGAACAUUGUUAAUAGGAAUGGCCAUCAACUCCUAGAUACCUACUUCACACUUCACUUGUGUAACACUGAAAAGGUAUAUAAAGAAUUUUAUAGGAGUGAAGUGAUUAAGAAUUCCUUGAAUCCAACAUGGCGGAGUCUUGAUUUUGGAAUAAUGCCGGACCGUCUCGAUACAUCUGUGUCUUGUUUCGUGGUGCAGAUUUGGGGUGGAAAGGAGGACAUCUACCAGCUGUUGAUUGAAUGGAAAGUCUGUUUGGAUGGGCUGAAAUAUUUGGGUCAGCAGAUUCAUGCCCGCAACCAAAAUGAAAUAAUUUUUGGGCUGAAUGAUGGCUAUUAUGGUGCUCCAUUUGAACAUAAGGGUUGUUCAGAUGCUCAGAAGAGUAUUCUUCUUCAGGUGGAUCAGAACUGUGUUCGCAAUUCUUAUGAUGUCUUCUCUUUGCUGCGGCUUCAUAGAGCCCAGUGUGCAAUUAAACAGACUCAGGUAACUGUUCAGAAAAUUGGAAAGGAAAUUGAAGAAAAACUAAGACUCACAUCUACAAGCAAUGAGCUGAAAAAAGAAAGUGAGUGCCUGCAAUUAAAAAUUUUGGUGCUUCGAAAUGAACUGGAAAGACAGAAGAAAGCUUUGGGACGGGAGGUGGCAUUACUGCAUAAGGAACAAAUUGCAUUACAGGACAAAGGAAGUGCAUUUUCGGCUGAGCACCUCAAGCUUCAACUCCAGAAGGAAUCCCUAAAUGAGUUGAGGAAGGAGUGUACUGCGAAAAGAGAACUCUUUCUGAAGACUAAUGCCCAGUUGACAAUUCGUUGCAGGCAAUUACUAUCUGAGCUUUCCUACAUUUACCCUAUUGAUUUGAAUGAGCAUAAGGAUUACUUUGUAUGUGGUGUCAAGUUGCCUAAUUCUGAGGACUUCCAAGCAAAAGAUGAUGGAAGCAUUGCUGUUGCCCUUGGUUACACUGCACAUUUGGUAUCAAUGAUUUCCUUUUUCCUACAAGUGCCCCUCAGAUAUCCUAUAAUUCAUAAGGGAUCUAGAUCAACAAUCAAAGAUAAUAUUAAUGACAAGCUGACUGAAAAGGAGAGAGAGUUUCCAUUAUACCCAAAAGGAGGGGAGAAGUUGCAGUUUGAUUACGGUGUCUAUCUUCUGAACAAAAAUAUAGCACAGCUAAGAUAUCAACAUGGACUAGGGACUCCAGACUUGAGGCAAACCCUCCCUAACCUGAAAAACUUCAUGGAGCACGGACUAAUGGUCAGGUGCGACAGACAUCACACCUCCAGUGCAAUCCCUGUUCCAAAGAGACAAAGCUCCAUAUUUGGGGGUAUAGAUGUAGGCUUCUCUGGGGGGAUGCCUUCACCAGACAAAGGACACCGGAAACGGGCCAGCUCAGAGAAUGAGAGACUCCAGUACAAAACCCCUCCCCCCAGUUACAGCUCAGCAUUAGCCCAGCCUGUGACCACCGUCCCCUCCACGGGAGAAUCUGAGAGAAAGACAACAUCUCUGUCUUCCUCCUUGGACACCUCCUUGGACUUCUCCAAAGAAAAGAAGAAAAAAGGGGUAGAUCUGAGUGACAGCUUCCAUGGAGGCCAUGGGAGUGUGAACACUAGCCAGGAACAGGGACAAGCCCUCCCGGGGCCUCCAGCCACAGUCAACGGCACCCUCCUGCCCAGCGAGCAGGCCGGCUCCUCCAGCGCCCAGCUUCCAGGGGGGUUCCACCCGGUCUCCGAAGCCGAGCUCUGCUGUACCGUGGAGCAAGCAGAAGAGAUCAUCGGCAUGGAAGCCACAGGCUUCACCUCAGGCGAUCAGCUGGAAGCAUUUAACUGCAUCCCCGUGGACAGUGCCGUGGCAGUGGAGUGUGACGAACAAGUUCUGGGAGAAUUUGAAGAGUUCUCCCGAAGGAUCUAUGCACUGAACGAAAAUGUAUCCAGCUUCCGCCGGCCACGCAGGAGUUCUGAUAAGUGAAGCGAGCGGAUAGACAGUAGGAGCAGGAGAGAGUCACUGCUUGAAAUGAGGAUAAAGCUGCACUGGUUACCCUUUUUAAUAAUUAUGACACAAAAUGAAUAUUAAUGGAGGAUAUUCCUCAGAAAAAUAGACUUCGUGAAUCAAGGAGGGACUCAGGAUCAUUGUGUAUCAGUGGGCCAAAGUUAGAUUUUGCUUGCAAGAUUUGCUUUUCAGGCCUGACAAUUAUUUUAAGGCAGAAGUCUAGCUCUAGUCACCUUAUAGGCAUUUGACUGCUUUUUUAUUUACACUUCUGUGUUAUUCUCAGAGGGAAGAUGAUAAUAUAUAAAUAAUAUAAUGAAUUUGUCUUUAGUUUCUUAUAAGCAUUUGCCCUCACCAUAGUUUAUGAAACUUUGGGAAAAUUGAAUAUUCAGUAAAAGGUCUCCAACAUCCACUGAAGGAUCUUUGGCCAUCCAUUAAGUUGAUGAGUAAGAGCACAAUGGUCUCCUUAUACCCAGGCCCACCUGCCCCUGCCCCUGCUCCCAGACUCCACAGUCAACCUAGCUGUCGCCCCGUCAGCACAGUAGAUACCUUGUGCAUCCUGACGACUGAGGACAUCACAUUUGCUCGUUCUUUAAUGAAGUUGCCAUUACCUUCCACCUCUUCCAGUCAGCCAUACCCUUGAUGCAGCCCUCAGAUUAUAGGAAAGACCUCACCUCUGGUGGAUCCCAGGGGAUCCUCAAGGACCCCUGAGGUUACUAUAGUCAGAUGGCAUCCAGUUCCCUCUGGGGGCCAAAGUUAUGUGGGCAGAGGCUGUUGUCAAAAGCUGGGUGUGCUUUCUGGCAACACACUCACCAUAUAGAAAUCCCUAUAUGUAAACCCCAUGUUAAUUUAUUAAAUUUCAGUUGGAAAGGAAGGCAUUGUAUAUGAUACAAUAUGUGUAGAGUCAGGCUGUCCAGUGUGCAAACUGCAAGGCAGUUGAGGUAGUUAGAUUAAGAGACUAGAUGAGGCAUAAAAUACUAUCGGUAUGUGUGCAAUUGCAUAAAUAUUAAAUUAUGUUUUUGAAGUACAUUUUCAUUCCUGGAGCUCAGAUAUCAUUUGCUAUUGCUAGAUACUUUAUAUACCCAAGGACAUCGCCUCAGGGUUGCAAGCUCUUUAAGGAAAUUUUAUGCUUAUAUCCGUGUAUCGUAUAAAGAAUAAAAAUUGAGUUUACUUCA